AAGUCAACACAUUGAACGGUCUGAUUCUAAUCACUCCUCUUUGGUGACUCUGCCGCCUUUCCAAAUUUCGCAAAUUUCCCAAACCCCUUUUCCCUCCCAAGUUCAAAAAUACCUCUUCCUCUUCGUUCUGCUUGCCAAUUCCAGAAAGGGAAAAGCUUCAGACCACUGCAAAAGAACGAAAAUGGCACAAGCCGCCAGGCUGAAUCUCCGAAUGCAAAAGGAGCUCAAGCUCCUUCUCACUGACCCUCCUCUUGGCGCGUCCUUUCCCUUUCUUUCCGCCGGCUCCGAACUAGCGUCCCUCUCGGCCAUCGACGCCCAGAUUAAAGGGCCGGAAGGGACUGUGUAUGCUAAAGGCAUCUUCAACGUUAAGAUUCAAAUACCGGAAAGGUACCCAUUUCAGCCUCCGAGUGUGACAUUUGCUACGCCAAUCUACCACCCUAAUAUCGAUAACGGAGGCCGAAUUUGCCUUGACAUUCUCAAUCUCCCUCCAAAGGGUGCAUGGCAACCAUCGUUGAACAUUUCGACUGUGCUUACAAGUAUAGGAUUGUUAUUGAGUGAGCCAAAUCCUGACGAUGGCCUAAUGUGCGAAGCGAGCAAGGAAUAUAAAUACAAUAGACAGGCUUUUGAUCAAAAAGCACGAGCUAUGACUGAAAAAUAUGCCAGGGGUGGAGCUGGUGGCCAAGAUUGCUUAACUAGGUGCAUUCAGACCAACUCAGAUAUAAGCACAGUGGUGGAAUUCAAACACUCGGACGAAGAGUUAAAACAUGAAGCUAAUGGUUAUAUUUCCAGUCAUAAUAAACCAGGUGGGAUCAGUCGGAAGCUGUCACUUGGGCCUUCAAGCUCAACCCAUAAAAAGAGUACUGAUGGAAAGACAAAUGGCAUGCCAGAUUCCCAACAGCUUGACUUGGAAAAUGUGGAGGGAAAUAGAGACAGAAAAGAAGCAAGAGGUAUACUUGAUGAGUACGGUCUGACAUAUGAGAAGCUAUGUGGGAAUGAAAGGAAGCUAACUCUAGAAUCCUCUGUUCAGAAAGAUGGUAACAAUGACUUAAAACAAUUCCAUCCAUUCUGCAACACCCAAUCUCUUAAAAUGGCUUCUCCAGAGUCAUCAUUGCUGCAGGGUGGCGGCAGUCAUGAGCUGCAACUCCAUCAGCACCAUGAUGGUAAAUCAAAAUAUGAUAGAAAAAUCAUGAAAUCAAAUAGGCUGUCUAUUGUUAGCCAGAAAAUACCAGGGGGAUCCUUGGAUGCAUGCCAAACAAGUGAUGGUAAUAAUGAGAAAAUGCUUGUAACUCCUGUCAUAUCAUCUCCUCAGACCCAUUCUAUUUCAUCUGGGGCUUUGACAAUGUUCCCAUCAGUUAGCCACGACGCGUUACUGUCUUUCCAGGAUUCUGCAGAUAAAUUGGAAAAUGACUCCACAGGUAAAAAAUGUGAGGAGGAAUAUUCAGUUAGUAUUAGUAAGAAGCUUUCGUUAGGCUUGAAAGGUUCAUCAGAGAAACAGGAAAAGGAUAACAAGGAGAAUGUUAUGCUGAUUAAUAAAUUAUCAUUCUCCACUCCCGAAACGCUUAGGAAGGUUGGAAUUGGUCGCAAACUAUCUCUGGGUCCUCCGACUCAAUUGCAGAGUGGCCAGUUACUUUCAUGCCCAGAAGUCAUCCCUAAAGACGAACCUCAGAUGCAAAAGUCUGAUGGGGAGUCUAAACAAUGUGGUGAAGAAUCACAAUUAUCUGAAUCAAUAAUAGUGCUGGAUAGCGAAGAUAGUGAGGAGGAAAGCAACGGACCAGUAAGGUCCAAACUGUCACUAGUGCGGAAACGCAUAGGAAAGAGAAAAACGCAAGCUUAGUUGCACAACAGUUGCCUAUGGAAGUUUACUUUCAUUGUUACGUUCAUUUUAUUGAAUUUUGGGGCUUGAUGACCUGUCGAGGUAUGCUUUCCAGUAGCAACAAAAUGUACGGAUGUGGAAAUUAUGGCCGAUACUUGCCUGCAAAUUAUUGUCGGUAAAUUGCUGGUUGCUUUGGUCUACCUUGUGCUAUAUUUCUAUUAAUAAUUGACUAUAAUACAUCUAAUUAUUUA